ACAGUCGCACGAUUUACCGUAUUUUACGAGGUGCUGAAGGAAUCAUGCAUACAGGAGUGGGUGACCAGUGUGUUCUUAAUUGCAACAUCUGCUGUCCCGCUUAAUAUCCUUGCCUUUACGCGAUCAAUGAAUCAUCGCUAACCUGGAUCAUAAUUACAAGUUUCGUACAGAAAGCUUUUGAUGCUACAAUGUGUAGAAAUAUUUAAGCGACUAAGUUUAGCGUUGAUCAUAUUUUUCGUGACAGAAUGCAUCAUCCAGGUGGAUACCACUCCUGGCAAGGCCGUUUGGACGAGCCUUCUGUAUAGCCAUCGACAAUACCUUCAAGGACGAGAGCUACCUGGUUGCAGAUCGAUUGUGCAGCGCCAGUGGCAUGAGCUGAGGAAGUUAUCCGUAGUGACGGACGACAUUGCCCAACGUGAGGAGUGAAACCGCGGGAAUGUGCGGGUGUUGAGAUUUCACGAAGUUGGCUGAACUUUUCUCCGUUUUACGAUUGUAGACAAGCUCACCUAUCUGAAGCAUCGUUUUACUUUCAAGUCCUUUGUUGCUUUUGAAAUGCUUGCGUCAAUGACCAUCAGAGUAGCCUCACUAUGGUUUGGCAUUCCCUCUUUAAUGAUUAGAAUCAACUUUAGACAUGACGGAAAUGAAGUGCGAGAUCGACAUUUGAAUACAUAG